GUCUAUUCCCGAACGUCAACACUCAACAGUGUAUUGGAGGUGUCAUAGUUGGAGCGAAGUUGCGUUUUUGAUUCUUACCAUUAUUAACUAUUAAGUCUAUCUGAAUAUGAUCACUAUUAUACAUUAUUCAUAUAUAUUAUCUAUAUACUGAUAUCCCCUGUGGAUAAAUGUUAUUCGACCAAACAGGAAUUUUUUUUAGAUCUUGACAGCAGUGGAAUCUGGAUUAACAUAUUUUAUUAAAAAUAAUUACAUACCUAGUUAUUUACACUGUACUUUAUAAUCGAGAUGGAUUCUGUAAGAACCGAAGUUAUUAAUCAAAAUGUAAUCGAAAGAAUUAUAUUAGAACUUGCUGAUGCAUUUAACAUCAGAAUAGUAUGGGAUGGUGAGACAGCACUCUUAGCUGGAGUAAUGGCCGUGGCAGGUGGUCUGCUUGGUGGUUAUGCAGGAGGCAGAAUGGGUGCAGCUCUGGGAGUUGGUAUAGGAGGUGCCGUAGGUGUUGGAGCCUCAACUGUUGUGCACCUACGUCAAAUUUGGUCAAUAGUUAAGGAACAGCUGAAAGAGCUUGUAUAUAUUGUGUUCAAUUACUUGCGUAGACUAGAUCCUGUUGACUAUGAACGAGGUAUCGCAAUACUUAUGGCCUGUACAUCAAGUCGGAGAGAACUUGUUUUUACUCUUUUAGACUUUAUUGCUCACAAACUUGGAAAAGAAGUAAUAUCUAAUAUAACAGCAGCUUGAUUUGAGGUAGUUAUAAGGUUGCUAUAACAUGAGCUUGAGAUUUAAUAAUGGGUUGUGUUUCUAGAAAUUAAUUAAGUUAUUUUUAUAAAAAUUGCUGUGAUUUUAAAUCACAUUAUAGUUACUAAUGAUAUUUAUAGACCAGUAGGGACCUUGUGGAUAAUUGACUCUUAGGCCAAACUUUGUGUCUAAAUAACACUUGCUUGUAUAGUGCAGAACUAGCAUGUUUUGACAUAGAACUUUGAGACUUGUCUGACUCAGAAAGCUUAUGAACACAUGCUUGCCUAUAUAGGUUAAAUGGUAAUUAAAUCAGAUGAAAUCUAACAUGUAUAUAAAAGAAAACAACUGUAGCACUAUUGGAAUUUAUUUAAUAACUUUCAUACAACAGAAUGUAUUGUAAAUUCAUUUGUUCUAAUAAUACAGAUUUGAAUCCAUUUAUUUAUUUUGAUUUAAUUUAUUUAGUAGAUAAAUUUGUUUUUUUAAUAGGAUUGGAUUUAAUAAAAUGAUAU